AUGGCCGAAAAUAUAAUCAUAGAUCCCGAAGAACAUUAUAGACCUAAUACUAUAAAUGAUACAAUCAUAUACUUAAAUCAACAAUUAAGCGCUUGCGGCUAUCAUUUUCCUUUAGACUUUUUUAAUAAUAAAGACGAAAAAUCAAUCAUUAAAAUUGUAGAAUGUAUAUCCGCGUUAUUGCAGCAGCAACAAAAAGACACUGCGUACAGAGAAGAAAUGCAUGAUCAACAUCAAAAAUUGCAAAGUGACUAUGAGUUACUGACAUUCACUAUAAAAACGUUAAAAACGAGAGCAGAAUUAAGCGAACGUGAAGUAGAUACUUUGAGAGCUAAAUUAAUAAAAAUUGAAGACCAUUUACAAAUUGAAUUUGAAAAACAUCGGUCAACAAAAGAUGAAUUGACUAAAACGAAAGCUAAUUUGCAAAAUGUCAAAUCGCAAGCCAUGCAUGAUAUUAGAAAACGCGAAACGGAAUACACUAGAUUCAAAGAGAAAAUGCAAAAGCUUCUAAGUGAUAAAUAUCAUUCCACUUGUGGUCCUCAGGAUGUAAACCCACCACGGAAACAACUAAUGAAAAGCAUGAAUUAUGCUACACCAUUCAUUAAUUAUGCUGUUGAUGCACCUAUUGUAUCUGGUGGUUUGAAUUAUGUGGAAAAAAAUUCUGAGAAAAUUAAGCAAGAUGAUGGCGAUGCUGAUGUCCGUGACAAGGAUUUAUUGCUGGAAAAUUCAAAACUACGAAAGUUACUUUUUGAAGUUCAUAAUCAAGUUACCUCGUUUAUAGGCUCUCAAACACAAAUGCGCUUUGCGUCAAUAGAUCCAGAACUAGCCAGUCUAAAAACUCCUGAGUCGUAUAAUUCCAGAGCGGCGCAUACUCAGCUUCCGUUUGAACUUUUUGCUCAGAAUCUGGAAGAGGAAGUCAAAGAUCUCUUACUGGCUCUUAAGUUUGAAUGGGAUAAUCGUCCAGUUCUUGAAGAUUUUCAACAAAAAGAUGGUGAAAUUUGGCAAAAAAAUGAUGAGAUUCGGCAAAAAAACGCAGUGAUCAAGCAAAAAGAUGUCGAAAUUCGGCAAAAAUAUGAUGAGAUUCGGCAAAAGGAUGAUGAGAUCAGGCAAAAAGAUGAUGAGAUUCGGCAAAAAGAUGAUGAGAUUCGACAAAAAGAUGAUGUGAUCAAGCAAAAAGAUGAUGUGAUCAAACAAAAAGAUGUCGAAACUCGGCAAAAAGAUGACAAGAUUAGGCAAAAAGACAAUGUGAUUCAGCAAAAAGAUGAUGUGAUCAAACAAAAAGAUGCCGAAACUCGGCAAAAAGAUGACAAGAUUAGGCAAAAAGACAAUGUGAUUCAGCAAAAAGAUGAUGUGAUUCGGCAAAUGGAUAAUGCGAUUCAGCAAAAGGAUGAUAAAAUUCGGCAAAAAGAUGAUGUGAUUCGGCAAAUGGAUGAUAAAAUUCGGCAAAAAGAUGAUGUGAUUCGGCAAAUGGAUAAUGUGAUUCAGCAAAAAGAUGAUGUGAUUCGGAAAAAGGAUGAUAAAAUUCGGCAAAAAAACGAUGAAAUUAAGAAAAAAGAAGAAAUGAUUUGCACCAUUUAUGAAAUGU